AUGGCCGCUCCCAAGUACUCCGACGAGGUCCAAGUCGUUUUGAGGUUGUCCGACGUGGCUGGCAAUGUCGGCUUCAAAACGAGAUGUCUUCUUCUUUCCAAGGACAGCCCGACGGCCCAAAUCGGACGGACGAGCAAGAGGAACUCGAUGCUGGACGAGGCCGAGGAUAACGCUUGGAUAGACUCGGCCGUCAUGUCUCGCAAUCAUGCAGAGCUGGCGUUUGAUGCCGACGUCAAGGCACGUUUCUUGCCCGGCGUCUUCAUCACCGACAUCGGAUCCCUACAUGGCACUUUUCGCAACGGCAAACCGCUCGUGCCGAAGCAACGACAGAGACUGGAUCACGGCGACCUGCUGCAGUUUGGCGUCACCGUCGACAGAAGCGCACAGAGGUUUCCACCCUGCAUCAUCAAGGUGGCUCUACGACACGGAACCGAAGUGAGACCUGAGGGGAAGCCUGCUGUCUUCCGCGUUCCCGACGAUAGUGACGCCGACGACGAUUAUGCGAGCGAUGAGGAUCGGAGCAUCGAGAGCAGCACUGGCAUUCUCCUCGAGAACGAGCUGCAUCCUUUGCAGCCGCUUGGCGCCACCAAAGUCACCACGAUUGACUUGACGUCGGAGAAGGAGCAUGCCGGCGAGCACGCCACGGCCCCGAAGACUCCGGGACCUGAACCUGUUCGUGUCGCCGAAUCGGUGCCGCCGCCGUCCCCAGCCGUGAUGCAGAAAAAGUCCGACCAACAUGACACCGCGGCGGCCCCGGACGAAACUAGCAUGGCGGACGAUCAGCGAACCGAGGACAUUUUGGACGACGAAUCCGUUCAGAGCGACGUUGGGUCCGAUGAUGGCCACGCCGUGCAGAGUGACGACGGCCACUCUGUCAAGUCGUCGGCUGCCGAAGACGCGACGUCGGAUCUCGACGCGAGUGCGGCCGUCGUCGAGGACGUGUCCGAAAUGGAGUUGCUCUCCGACUUUGAUGACGACUACGACGACUAUUUUGACGAUGAGGAUGACGACUCCGAGUCUGACGACGCAUUCACCUUCCGCACAGGCGAGCCCGACCCAGCGGUCACCUGCACCUGCAGCAGCCCGGUUUGCUGGUGCGAAGGUCUGACGGGUGCAUCGGCCACGGUCACCGCCGACCCUACGUCGGCGCCGUCUGCCACACCCCACGAGAAGGCUGCGGCCGAGGAAGAGGACGGCGUGGUUUCGUCGACGGGCUUCGCCCAGUUCAUGUGGCAGGCUCCCUUCCAGCCCACCGAAACCACCAGUUCCACCAUGGCUCCCGUCUGCCCCGUCGCAUGCCGCUCGAAGAAGCUUCCUUUGAUUGCAUGCGAGUCCCCUGCCGAAGCACACGCGCUGCAGCUGCCACCCAUAGCGGUGGGGGUGCCUGAGUAUGCAACGCAGCUGGCAGCCUCCUCGUCGACGGCCGAAAUGACGAACGCGGAAACAAGCAAGGCUGCUCGUGAGCCAGCCUACGAGUACCCACCGCAGGCAUUCCCACCAUCCCCUCCGCCGCCGGUGGAUGUCGGCAAAGGACGUGGAUGCGCCCCUCUGCGCAGCAUUUUCGCUUCCGAAGCCGGCAUGCAUAUUUUGUCGAGUCACGGCCCAAAGUUGCCGCUGGACCGAACCGGUCGCGACGAUGGCAUCGUCGACAGCACGUCGGCGUACGAGCCCACGCCGAGCAAGGGGCGGGGCGACGAAGGGCAAGACGACCAUUCGGUUUCCAAACGGACUCGUAUGGCCAUAUGCGAGCUGCUCGAUACGUGCCCCCCAAUCCAGGCAGAAUCGGAUGAGCAGGCGACGAACAAGCGGAAGGCGGCCAAGAUAUCGACGGCUUUGCCCGACGAGGAGCCUAGAGGUGCCGACUUGGGCACCGAGCCUGUUGCUACCCGCUCGGAGGACACCGAGGCACUCAAGUUUGAGCCUCGUCGACGGGCGAAUUUCCACCAUCACGACUCCUCGCCGUCGGAGUUUGACCGCCCCAUGAAGCGUAUCCGGAAAGCUGCCGAGGUAAUCGGGUACGUGGCCCUGGGGGGCGUGGCGGUCAUGUCGGCGCUGAUUGCCACGGCGCCGGCGCUAUGA